GCAGAUACCAGCCCCAAAAAGAAGGGAAGAGGUUCAUUUGGUUCUACCUAAAGAUGCGGUUGAGGACUCUGCCCCGUCUAGAGCUGCCGGCAGCGGCAGACAUGCAUGUCCACCUUCGCCAGGAGGCCAUGAUGCAGUUAGUUACACCCUACAUUCGAAAGGGAGGGGUGGAUACUGUCUUUGUGAUGCCAAACCUUCAGCCACCGGUCACAACGGUUGCCCAGGCAGUAGAGUACAAGUCCAAACUGCAGGAGAUCGAACCCGAUGUCCGCUACCUCAUGUCUUUGUACCUGCAUGACUCCAUUACUCCGGAGGUCAUCAAGGAGGCCGCGGCUGCCGGUAUCACUGGCGUCAAGGUCUACCCGCAGGGAGUGACUACCAAUUCUGCUUCUGGUGUUACUAGCCUGGAUGACUUCUAUCCAGUGUUUGAGGCCAUGCAGGAGCAUGAUAUGGUUCUCAAUUUGCAUGGUGAAGUGCCAGAUGUUGACGUGAUGAACGCAGAGGAGGCUUUCUUGCCAACCUUGAAACGCAUCCAUGAGAGUUUCCCCAAACUAAGGAUAGUGCUUGAACACUGUACCACUUCUGCUGCCGUCGAGACCGUCCGUUCCUGCGGACCAAGCGUUGCUGCUACCAUCACGGCACAUCAUCUAUACCUCACGGUAGAUGAUACCGUUGAUCCCCUGGCUUUCUGUAAGCCUAUUGCCAAGACUCCCGCAGACCGUGACGCUCUCAUAAGGGCCAUCUGCAGUGGUGAUUCAAAGUUCUUCCUAGGCACCGAUAGCGCCCCGCAUCAGAAAGCGGCCAAGGACCAGCCAAAGCCAGCAGCUGGUGUUUUCACCCAGCCGUACGCAACACAGUAUGUCCUCCUUGCGUUAGAGGAUGCUACUGAGCGUGGCAUCAUACAGGAGUCUGCCGUCACCCAGGAGCGACUGGAGGGAUUCCUCAGCCGGUCCGGCAGACAGUUCUACAAGCUGCCUGAGCCUGAGCCAGGUAAGAUCAUUCUCGAGAGAAAAGGGGAGACCAUAGAAAAAUCGAUAAAGAACGAGGACGGUAGCGUUGAAGUUGCCUUGUCAAGAGGUGGAGCUGAGAUCUUUUCCUUGCGAUGGGCGUAA